AUGGGUCUCACUCGAUCCGCCAUCAUCGUUAUCGUCCUGGUUGGCUGCUUAGGCAUCACUGCCAUGGGCGCCGCCCUCUUCCGCCGCUACAACCCGCUGGAGGAGACUGCACGAUCCGGCGAUGCAUCCCAUGAACAGAACCAAUACAUGCGCCAAGUGCGCAUAAGAAAUUACGGACAUAUGAAACGAGAGUCGCUGGGUGCCGCGAAAGACCUAGAGUCGCGAUAUACCUCGGAGGAAGCAUCGGGUUAUUACCAGCCGUAUGCGCACGAGUCACGGAGCCCAUCCACGAAUGUUGCAUAA